AUGAAGAGGCGGGCUUACAUCUGUUUCUUUCUUGGGAUUGCAACCUGCGAGAUCUUUUUAACAACCAUAAGACCGAUUGACAACCCUAAUGUUCUUAUGGUUUCUGGAAAAAACGUUGUACUCACGGCGAACAGGGAGGACGAGAUGGCCACCUUCCGUGUCGAGACCCAAGACAGGAAAUCCAGGUUCCUUGGAAUAAAGUUUGGGAAACGGAAGCAUACUGUUCUCAUAUCACCGGGGGACAACCCGAAUCUUUAUAUGAAGUACAGUAAGUCGGAUGGGAGGCCUACCAUGGGGAAGAAAAAGAAGUACUGGGAAUACAAGGAGAUGAAGGAUGGAGGCUACAUGCUUAGUUCAAGCAAAAACAAGUGUUUGGGAGUGGUUGGGAAUAGCUUCAGGAUCUCCGAGUGUGGAACUGGAAAAGGCCAGGUGUUUGUUUUUGAAAGGAGAGACUACAGCGAAUCUUCAAGCACUUCUAAUUUUGAAGAGCAGAUUUCUAUUUCUUCGGAGGUUCCCUUGGUUCCUCCGGUCUCUCAAACUUCUUUGGUUUCUUCAACUUCUCGGUCCUCUCUUGUUUCUUCAACUUCUCCAACCUCUCUAACCUCUCGGAUUCCUCAGUCUUCCUUUGUUUCUCAGACUUCUCCAACCUCUCGGGUUCCACAGGCAAUCCAGGCCAGCCAGGCUUUCGAGGCAUUGUUUCCAUUUGAUGAAAGUAAUGACUCCGAUAGCAAUAGCGACGACAUGAAGCCCGUGUUUAUUAAUCUGGAUAUGAAGGACAAAAAGACAAAUACAGAAACCCAGGAAAGCAGUUCUCCCAUUUCGAUUUCAACGAUGACAGUUUAUGUAUCUGUCACCAAGUCUCUUUCCGCAGGAGCGGUGUCUUCUUCACCAAUAGUGACGAUCAUCGACAAGUUUCCGCCUGUCAGUGCCAAACUUCCUCCAAACGUGACGCUUAUUCGGAACAGGAUUGCAUCUUCCGAGGAAUCGCAGUCUUCUUGCGAGUCAAGUGAUUCUUACUUGGGAAAUGAAACAGUAUCUCACAAAAGUUCCAGCAGAAGCUUAGGAGGAGCCAAGAACGAUGCAAAUCUGGACUUUGAUCUUGAGUUUUAUCCAGAGCUGGGGAGGCUCCUAGACGAUAGUAUCCGCAAAAAGAAAGAAGAAGAGCUUCGGAAGGAAGCAACAGCUAAAAGGGCUCGAGGGAAUCCUCUGGGCGAAGAAAGAAAAGACGGAGAGUUCUUUAGUGCCUUGGCAUAUUUAGAUACCUCCAUCCCAAAUCCUUUACGCCAAAACCUAGCGGAAGCACAAUCUGCCUGUGCAGACAUUGGGCAAGUAUAA